GGAGUGGAUCGAGUGGCAGUUGAAGAGAACAAGAAUGGAGUGCGGUUGUGCCGCGUCGUACAUGGGUCCAUCCCUGGCCAAUACCUGCGGAGGAGGAAGCUUCGUCCUCUUCAUGACCUUACUGGACACCUUCAUCCGGAACAGGUGCGACCUCUCCGAGGUCUGCAGUCGAGUGAGACCAAGAAUCCGACCGAACUUGGAGUACGAUUUCGUGGUUAUUGGAAGCGGAAGCGGCGGAUCAGUCGCGGCCGGUCGCCUCGCCGAGGAGAAAGGAUGGAGGGUCCUGCUGCUGGAAGCCGGAGGUGAAGAACCUGCGGGUUCGCAAGUUCCAGCUAUGGUGGUUAACUAUUUUGGACAUCCAGAGAUGGAUUGGGGCUACAAGACCGAACCGGAACCGGUAGCCUGCAAAGAGAAUGAUGAGAAGCGUUGCGAAUGGAUCAGAGGAAAGGUGUUGGGUGGAUGCAGCGUGUUGAACGGGAUGAUGUACAUAAGAGGAACGCAGCGCGAUUUCGACAAUUGGGCGGCGGCAGGAAACACGGGCUGGAGCUAUAACGAGGUGCUUCCUUACUUCAUGAAGUCGGAGGACAACCAGGAGAUUGGGUCCUUAGUGGAUGGGAAGUAUCACGGAGAGGGUGGACCUUUGACCACAUCCCGCUUCCCCCAUCAGCCGGAACUCGCAGAGGACAUCCUGAUGGCAGCCCAGCAGGUCGGAUAUGAAGUCAGCGAGGACUUAAACGGAGAUCGGUUCACAGGAUUCGCAAUUACGCAGACUAAUAACAGGAAUGGUACUCGUGUGAGUUCAGCUCGGGCGUUUGUGAGGCCGCACAGAGAUAAUCCCAAUUUCCAUGUCAUGUUGAAUUCAACGGCGACGAAAAUAAUGGUCGAGGAUUUGGGUGGCGGCAGGAAGCGAGCGACGGGGGUGAAAUUCGUCUACAACAAUAAGGAGUACUUGGUGAAGGUGAAGAACGAGGUGAUUGUAGCUGGAGGAGCGGUCAACUCUCCGCAACUCCUGAUGUUAUCCGGUGUAGGACCUAAGGAGGAUUUGGAGAAGGUUGGGAUUAAGCAGGUGCACAAUCUUCCCGGAGUCGGGAAGAAUCUUCAGAACCACGUUACUUUCUAUUUGAGUUUCCUGAUGAAGAAGAGGAAGAACUUCAACGAUUUGGAUUGGGCCAACGCUUUGGAAUACAUCCUUAAUAGAGAAGGUCCGAUGAGUUCUACGGGUAUGUCUCAGGUGACUGCAAGAUUGAACUCCAAAUUCGCCGAUCCGAGCGGCAACAACCCUGAUUUACAGCUCUUCUUCGGCGGUUACUCGGCGAACUGCGCUAGCAGCGGUGAGGUGAAGGCCCUCGCGGAUCCGGAUAAUCCCACGUCCCCGAAGCACUUCACCAUCUCCCCCGUUGUUCUACAUCCGAAGAGCGUGGGGUACUUGACUCUGAGAUCUAGUGACCCUCUGGAUGCUCCCUUAAUCUACGGCAACUACUUAACGGAACCAGAAGACGUUGCGACCCUGGUCGAGGGGAUUAGAGUGUCCCAAAGAUUAGCAGCUGCGCCGCGCCUGAAGGCGAAGUACGGGGUGGAAAUCGAUGUAGAAAGCUACGGAAACUGCGCCGAGAUCCACGGCUACGACACCGACGAUUUCUGGCAGUGCGCCGUCAAGUACUCCACCGGCCCAGAAAACCAUCAAGCCGGAACUUGCAAAAUGGGACCAUCUUCGGAUCCAAAAGCUGUCGUCAAUCCGGAACUUCUAGUCCACGGAAUCGACAACAUCCGCGUGAUGGAUGCAUCCAUAAUGCCGAAUCUCGUUUCAGGAAAUACAGCCGCAACCGUAAUGAUGAUCGCCGAGAAAGGCGUCGAUAUGAUCAAAAACAAAUGGCUUCCAAAUGUAACAAAUCGUGGCUCUUACGACGAGAACCAAAUCAACAACCACAAAUUCCUCUCCAAACCCUUCCAAUUUGCAAACAACAAAUCACCGUACCAGCAGCAGCAGUCCGAAAUUAUCUACAGAACCGCAAAAUUCUUGUGAUCCUAUUUAUUAUUAUUAUUAUUAUAACAAUUAUUUAUUUCGCUCUCCAAAAUUUUAGUUUGUAGGUAUUUAUAAUGAAUACGCUAAUAAAUGUUAUUAUUUACGAUGGAAAGUUCGCAUUGAAUUUACGAGUCCCAUGCAAAACGAAUAUGAAACGUGGCAGAGCGCAUAUUUCGCCGUUGAUUUAAUUUGUGAUUAAACAUCUACAGCGUUCGGAAACUUCAAUGUACAAAGUUGCGCCACCUAAUGAAAAUUACACACGGAACC